CAUUGUUUAUUUCGUUACCUUUUCACGCGAUUAUCGUUCUUGAUCUUACACUGUUUUCUCGUUAUUGAUCCGUAAAGGAGCAUUGCAUUUUCAGCUUCUGUUGCAAUCGACGCAGCUGCCGGAUUUCUCUGCCUCGAUUCCCGCAUUUGCGUCGCGUUUAGCAGGUUAACAAUUUAGGAGUAGCUGUCUCAUGUUAGUUAUCUUCAAGUUUUAUUGAUGAAUCUGUGAAUAUUAAAUUUGUACUAGUUGUGUUGUCUGGCUGAAAGGAUCCAAAAUGAGUUGGAAUCCACACAUGGAAAUCCACCAUUACAAUAACAUCAGCUAUCCCUAUAGUACAGCAGGAAGCUUUAUUGAAUAUUUCGAAGGUCUCACAUAUGAACAUGUCAAUUUCAUCUUUUCUGGUGCAUCACAUGCUCAGGAGAGUUCAUACCCUUCAACUACAAGCUUUUAUAAGUUUGGACUUUCUGAACCUGACAGCACUUCAUACUAUCGUUAUAAUCAUGGUUAUGAUGUAAAUCAUCAUCAUGAACCACUGGUUGACGAAUAUAGGAGGCCUUUGGAAAACUCAACGACUGUCAAUGAGCAUACUGCAGCUGUACAUACAGAAUGGGGAGAAGGGGUAAACAAUACCACACGAGACAAUUCUAUCGAGUGUCCACGAAGACAUCAUAGUAAUUCCAAUGAUUAUCAGGUUGUUUGGCAAGACAGUAUUGAUCCUGACAACAUGACCUACGAGGAACUACUCGAAUUAGGUGAAGCUGUUGGAACCCAAAGCCGUGGUCUUACCCAAGAGCAGAUUUCGAUGCUUCCAGUUUCAAAGUACAAGUGUGGGUUCUUCUCAAGGAAGAAGUCGAGGGAUGAGAGGUGUGUGAUUUGCCAGAUGGAGUAUAAAAGAGGGGACAAGCGGAUCACUUUGCCUUGUAAACAUCUCUAUCAUGCUAGUUGCGGGACCAGAUGGCUUAGCAUCAAUAAGGCUUGUCCUAUAUGUUACAGGGAAGUGUUUUAGCCAACAGAAAUAACCUCGGACAAAUUUGUAGAAGUAACCUGCAUAUGAUUCUAUUCUCCUUUAGUCUGGGGUCUUUCAUAGAAAUACAUUUAUUUGUUUCCUUUUUUCCUUAGUGAGACGAACCAUUACUUGGUUUAGGGAAAAAAAAAAUGCAAAGAUAGCUUUGGCGUGGGUCAUAAUCCCAAAGUUUUAUAAAAUAUUAUGGGACGAUUGACAAUUUGACAUGCAUCGUGUUGUAUUGGAUAACCUGGAUUUUAUGGUUUGUUUUUGUAUAACUUUUUAGUGUGCUUAUAUUUCACGUACUUAUUGUCAACUGCUUCUGAUUAAGUGUGUUUGUGUUGGAGGGAUCGGUACAUCACUUGAAAUUGCAUGAUGUAUCCCGUAUCCACCAAUUUUAUGAC